CCUGUAUCUCAACCUUUUACAGUCUGAUCUCACAAAGCAGCAGAAUGGUUACAAAAUUACCUUGAAAACUUUGGAGGACAAUUUGCUGUCCCGCCUCUCCUCUGCCUCAGGGAACUUUUUAGCGGAUAAUGCCUUGGUGGAGAAUCUGGAAGUCACCAAACAAACAGCAGCAGAAAUUGAAGACAAGGUCCAGGAGUCCAAGAUGACAGAAAUCAAAAUUAAUGAGGCAAGGGAACAUUACCGUCCUGCAGCAGCUCGUGCUUCCCUGCUGUAUUUCAUCAUGAAUGACCUCAAUACCAUCAACCCCAUGUACCAGUUUUCCCUCAAGGCAUUUAAUGUGGUCUUCCAGAAAGCUGUGUCAAGAGCUCCACCAGAUGAAAUCCUGAAAGAGCGAGUAAGCAAGCUGAUUGAUGGUAUCACAUCCUCAGUAUUCCAAUAUACAACUCGUGGACUCUUUGAAUGUGACAAACUGACUUACACUGCCCAAGUCACUUUCCAGAUACUUCUGAAAAAUAAAGAAAUCAAUGCAACAGAACUUAACUUCCUGCUGCGAUAUCCUGCCCAAACAGGAGUCACCAGUCCAGUAGAUUUUUUGACAAAUCAAUCAUGGGGUGGCAUCAAGGCCCUGUCAUCUAUGGAACAAUUUCGGAAUUUGGAUCGUGACAUUGAAGGUUCUGCCAAGCGCUGGAAGAAGUUUGUGGAGUCUGAAUGCCCUGAAAAGGAGAAGUUCCCUCAGGAGUGGAAGAAUAAGUCAGCUUUGCAGCAGCUGUGUAUGAUGAGAGCCCUACGACCUGACCGUAUGACUUACGCUGUCCGGGAUUUCGUGGAAGAAAAGCUUGGGAGCAAAUAUGUGGCAGGACGAUCUCUGGAUUUUGCGACAUCAUUUGAAGAGUCAGGACCUGCGACCCCAGUGUUCUUUAUCCUCUCGCCUGGAGUGGAUCCCUUGAAGGAUGUAGAGAAGCACGGAAAGAAACUUGGCUACACAUUUAACAACCGGAAUUUCCAUAACGUCUCCCUGGGACAAGGCCAAGAGGUAGUAGCGGAACAAGCCCUAGACCUAGCGGCAGCAGAAGGACACUGGGUUAUCUUGCAGAACAUCCACCUGGUGGCCAAGUGGUUGAGUUCUCUGGAGAAGAAGCUAGAGCAGCACAGCGAAGGUAGUCACCCUAAUUUCCGGAUCUUUAUCAGUGCAGAGCCUGCAGCUUCUCCCGAGAGUCAUCUGAUACCACAGGGUAUCCUAGAGAAUUCCAUCAAAAUCACAAAUGAACCUCCAACCGGGAUGCAUGCCAACCUGCACAAGGCUCUGGACAACUUCAACCAGGACACCCUGGAGAUGUGUACCCGUGAGAAUGAGUUUAAGAGCAUCCUUUUUGCCCUCUGUUAUUUCCAUGCUGUGGUAGCAGAAAGGCGCAAAUUUGGUCCCCAGGGCUGGAAUCGUUCAUACCCGUUUAACAUUGGGGACCUCACCAUUUCUGUCAAUGUUCUAUACAAUUACUUGGAGGCUACUUCUAAGGUUCCCUAUGAUGAUCUCCGAUACCUCUUUGGAGAAAUCAUGUAUGGGGGUCACAUCACAGAUGAUUGGGACAGGCGUCUCUGUAAGACCUACUUAGAAGAGUUUAUCAAGCCUGAAAUGCUGGAAGGAGAGUUCUUGCUGGCUUCUGGAUUUCCCCUCCCAGGAAACAUGGAUUACAACAGCUAUCAUCAGUAUAUAGAUGAUGCUUUGCCUCCUGAGUCUCCAUAUCUGUACGGCCUCCACCCCAAUGCAGAAAUUGGCUUCUUGACCCAAACAUCAGAGAAGCUUUUCCGCACUGUUUUAGAGCUACAGCCUCGAGACACUAAUCUUGGAGAAGGUGUAGGAACUACUCGGGAAGAGAAGGUGAAGGCACUGCUUGAUGACAUCCUGGAGAAACUAACAGAUGAGUUUAACAUUCCUGAGCUGAUGGCCAAGGUAGAAGAGAGAACACCAUACAUUGUGGUUGCUUUCCAGGAAUGUGAGCGCAUGAACUUUCUCACUAGUGAGAUUAGGCGGUCACUGAGAGAGCUGGACCUGGGAUUGAAGGGUGAAUUGACCAUGACUAAUGAUAUGGAGACUUUACAGAAUGCCAUCUUCUUGGAUAUGGUGCCUGAAUCGUGGAUCAGGAGAGCUUAUCCUUCCAUGUCUGGUUUAGGCAGUUGGUUCACCGACCUUCUCAAUCGCAUCAGAGAGCUUGAAACAUGGACAGGAGAUUUCAUGCUACCAUCUGUGGUGUGGCUGGCAGGAUUCUUUAACCCACAGUCUUUCUUGACAGCCAUAAUGCAAUCCAUGGCCCGAAAAAAUGAGUGGCCUCUGGACAAAAUGGCUCUGCAAUGUGAUGUGACUAAGAGGAACCGUGAGGAUUUCACCAGCCCUCCACGGGAAGGUGCAUAUAUCCAUGGCUUGUUCAUGGAGGGUGCACGCUGGGAUGUGCAGACUGGGUUAAUUGCUGAUGCCCGACUGAAAGACUUGACUCCACCCAUGCCAACUAUUUUCAUCAAAGCCAUCCUUGUCGACAAGCAAGAUACACGCAACGUAUAUCCAUGCCCUGUAUAUAAAACUCGCCAACGGGGUCCUACUUAUAUUUGGACAUUUAACCUGAAGACUAAAGAGAAACCAUCUAAGUGGAUUUUAGCAGGGGUUGCUCUCCUCCUGCAAAUUUAGAUUUCAGUUCAGAUUACUUCUCUUUUUCGAGCAGCCUUGUCAAAAAAAGUCAUCUUUUCUUAUUUGGUAUUUGCUUCAGAGAAUGAAUGAAUGCCUAAUGUUGUUUCAUACUUAUAUACAUCUUUCAAAAAAUGAAAGACGAGUUGAAUUAUUUUCAAGCACACCACAGGGUUUCAAGUUUAUUACAUUUUUAAAUAAAAGGUGCCUACUUGGUUUAUGUACCAUAAAUAAGUAAUAACAAUUAUCCAAUUUACCGAACAGGGAACAUGUUUAAAUAAUAGGUAAAACAAGCAUAGAAAUUCAUGUAAGCCAGUCUUAGGUCUUCAGAUAUGUUGGAACUACAAUUUUCAGAAUUCCCAGCUAGCAUGGUUACGCUAGCUGGUAUUUCUGGAAGUUAUAAUCCUGGUGUAUCUGAAGUGUACCAGCAUGAGAAAGGCUGGCUUCAGCUGAAACUUUCUUGAAAGUCCUGGAAAAUGAAUGAGGUCUUUCCAAGCAUUAAGAAGAUGACAACAUAAAUAUUGUGUUAGCUUCUGUGGGAAGACCAUUUCAUCGGUAAAGAUCCAGACCCUAAAAGCCCCUCUUCCCUGUUUCCCUUUACAAUUCAUUUGCAGAGGGGACCUAGGGAGGACCUUCUCUGAUUGUGACUACUAGGAAUGGGAGGGAUGGGCAUAUGUUUGAGAUGGCUAGUCCUUUGGGUAUACUGGUCCCAAACCAUGAGAAGCUUGAAAGAUCAACACCAGUACUUUGAAUUGCACAUAAAAACAACAUACAGCAAGCAGUUCAAACCCCAUUUUCUAAAUAAUUGUAUUUGCUAAUUAAACUUCAAGUCAUCAAAUGCUGAGAUGAGUACUGCUUUUUAGUACUCAUACUACUGUUGGGUACUGCAAAGAGAAAGCGCUGUUGUGUUGGAUUUUUCCUCCAGUGCCAAAUUUUGGCAUUGGCUUCAAAAUGAAACUGAGUAGCAAGACUGACUUUCAAACACUUUGAGGCAUAAAUGAGUGUGUUUGACAUGUUGCUUUACUGAUGGUUCAUGCUUUCAGAAGAUUAUACUCUAGGAAUGCUGAGAGAAAGUGACAAGGCUAUUAAAGAAGGGGAAGUCUGUAAUGCAGAAAGUAAAUGUAAGAGUUUGGAAUGGUACCAGUUUCUUUAUAAAAAAAUAUUUGUGUUCUGUUGUCCAAUGAUUGUCUUCUUCUGCCCUCUACUUUGCAAUGAUACUGUGCUUUCUGAUUGCUCAAAUUAUGUGUGUCUGAUUGCACAUGUUAAGCUCAGACCUGCUUGUCCAAACCAUCUUUUUGAGUCAGUGAGAAAACCGUGGAAGACAGUUCAUAUUAAAAGCUUAAAUAAGGAUUCAUAUAAUUAUCUUUGAGCUAUCCCAUAAUUUCAAAAUACUGGUUGCUUAUCAUAAUACUGCUUGUUAUUUUUGAAGUUUCUAUGAUGAUUCUUUUUACAUUUUUACAGUAGUUAACUGUGGUGUACCCCCAUUAGGUGAAAAUAUGAGCUAAGAAUGUCAUUAGGAAACUUGAUUAUUGUUACUCAAAUGUCCAGAAUGGUUACAGGAGAGGCACAGCGUACAUUUCCCCCCAAAUGAAUGAAAAUGGUUUUCUCUGGAGAUAACUUGUCCUCAAGACAAUCUCCAAGUAUGAAAGCUGAUUCUGGUGGGGGCUGGUCAACUAUUAUCAACAUCCAUUUGAUAGUGGCCAGAUUCAUUUGUCUGCAAGGAAUGCGUCUGAUUACUGACAAAGAAAUACCAGUCUGCACUUAGCAUGUGAGAUUAUUGGUGUACAAAUGCUUUGUUAGAAUCUGAAUUGCUUUGCAUCAUAAACACAAUGCACCAAGAAUCUUAAAUCUCUAGCACAAACACAUUCUUAUUAUUUUGAGAAGCAUCUCAGCCAUUUGUGAGGGAAAAAAAAUCUCAGGAAAAAAUCUUAACACUUUAAAAUCCAUGCUUGAGAAACUGAAUUGUAGCUCCCUCUGCUUUUCUAUUCUUUUUUUCUUUUUUCUUUUGGUACUGUUGUUAAGGGGUACAUGAGGGAAUAUGGCAGGAUACAGAUAUGAGUAAUUACAUCAAGUAGAUACUUGAUGCACUGUGUUGCAAUU